AAUAUUUUCAUUUCCCCCUUGAGCUGGUCUAGAGCAAAACCCUAGAAACGAAAACCCCCCCCCCCACCACAAUGGCGAUCAUCUCCGAGGUUGAAGACGAAAGCAGCACCCGACCCAGGAUCCUCCCGUUCAGGGCGACGCUCGAUUCCUCAAACCCAUCAAGUUUCUUGGAGAAAGUUUUCGACUUUCUCGGCGAACAGAGCGAUUUUCUCAAGAAACCCUUCGCAGCCGAGGAGAUCUCCGCCGCGGUUAGGGCGGCGAAGGAUAAGCUGAGAACGGCCGAGAAGAAAGCUGAGAAGAAGCCUGUGGAGAAGGAGAGCGUGAAGCCAGCCAUGGCUGCUUCAAGCUCAGAGCCCAUUCAAGUGGAGGAGAAGAAACAAGAAGCUGCCCCCAUUGCUCCUAACAAAGGCAAUGGUUAUGUCCUUGAGAAUUACUCAUGGGUCCAGACUCUCCAGGAGGUCACUGUCAACAUUCCAGUGCCUACUGGCACUAAAGCACGCUCUGUUGUUUACGAGAUCAAAAAGAACCGUCUUAAGCUUGGUCUCAAGGGACAGGAUCCAAUCAUCGAUGGAGAGCUCUACCGAUCUGUGAAGCCUGAUGACUGCUACUGGAACAUCGAGGAUCAAAAGAUGAUUUCGAUUCUGUUGACUAAGCAAGAUCAGAUGGAGUGGUGGAAAUGCUGCGUGAAAGGUGAACCUGAGAUCGAUACACAGAAGGUUGAACCGGAGAACAGUAAAUUAGCUGACCUUGACCCUGAAACUCGCUCCACUGUUGAGAAGAUGAUGUUUGAUCAAAGGCAAAAGCAGAUGGGUCUUCCAACAAGUGAUGAGCUACAGAAGCAAGACAUUCUCAAGAAAUUCAUGUCUCAGCAUUCAGAGAUGGACUUCUCAAACGCAAAGAUUAACUACUGAUGCUGCUCUGCCGGAAAAAAAAAAA